UACGAGUGCGUCCGUGCGCAUGGUGGUGAACGGUAGCAAAGAUGGCGGCGCUGAAGGAGGAGCAGUGCUACGGACUGUCCUGUGGAAGAGUGAGCAACGGUAGCAAUGUCUCCGUCUUUCACGUUAAACUCACUGACAGCGCACUGAAAGCGUUUGAGGGAUAUCAGGGCAGCAAGGUCCUCUCAUCACGACCAUUGAUCAGAUUUAAUGGAAACCAAGGGAAAAUUUCAAUACCACGGUCAGAAAAUUCCAGUGAACUGCAAACGUUUACUUUCUACCUGUCACAUGUGGGCAGAGAUAACCCCCAGGGCAGCUUCGACUGCAUCCAGCAGUACAUCACCAGUGAAGGGAGCAUUCAGCUGGAUUGUUUGGGUGGGAUCCAGGACAAAAUUACAGUUUGUGCCACGGACGACUCGUACCAGAAGGCCAGGGAAAACAUGGCCCAGGUCGAGGAGGAGACUCGCAGUCGGAGUGCCAUCGUCAUCAAGCUCGGGGGGAGAUACGUAGGUAAAAAGGUUCAGAUCCGGAAACCGGCACCUGGCCUCUCAGACGUCGCCCCGCUGCGGAGGACGUCUCGGCCCGUCAUCAUCUCGAGCAGCACGCUGAAGAAGGGCACGCCUCAGCACAGGCCGCUCAGAGAGCGCCUCACACACCUGCUGGCCCUCAAGCCUUACAAGAAGGCUGAGCUGAUCCUGAGGUUGCAGAAAGACGGCCUCUUGCCAUUAGACAAGGACUCCCUGGAUAGCUACCUGCAACAGGUGGCGAUUCUGAAUGGGAAGGACAACACCUUCACAUUGAAGGACAAUUUGUAUAAGGACCUCCAGAUGGACUGGCCAGGCUACACUGAAGGAGACCAGCAGCUUCUCAAGAGAAUCCUGGUUAAGAAACAGAACCAGCCCCCCCCUGUGGAGAGCCCGCCCAAAGAGCUGGCCGGCAAUUCGCCAUCUCAGAAACGGCCAGCUGCUGACUUCACCGACCCUCUUGCCAACAAGAAGCCCAGAAUAUCCCACCUGGCCAGCAAGGCUGCAACAGCCCCAGUGAACGGCAAACUCGGCUCCUCCAACGGGAGAGUGGAGACGGGCAACGGGAGAGUGGAGACGGGCAACGGGAGAGUGGAGACGGGCAACGGGAGAGUGGAGACGGGCAACGGGAGAGUGGAGACGGGCAACGGGAGAGUGGAGACGGGCAACGGGAGAGUGGAGACGGGCAACGGGAGAGUGGAGACGGGCAACGGGAGAGUGGAGACGGGGAGAGUGGAGACGGGGAGAGUGGAGACGGGUGCAGCGCCGGCAGCAGUGGCGGUUUCCAUGGCGGACAGCGGCAUGACGUCCAGCUCCCAGCAGCUCCCGGUGCUGGACAUCCCUCGGCCUUUCGAAGCACUGUCAGAUGUCAGCAACGACUCCAGCCACAACGGGAGAGACUGCGACUCUCAGGAGACCGCCGUGUCCGAGAGGCUCAGCCAACCGCCGCCUUCGCUGUUCACGGCCUCAACAACGCUCACGGCGCCCAGCAUCGUCACAUCAUCUCCGGGACACACGGGCCCGGAUGUCCCCCGGGACAAGAGUCCUUCAACCUUUGUCAACAAGUCCAAGAAGAAGUCAAAAAAACAUAAAGACAAGGAAAAGAGCAAAGACAAGGAAAGGGUGAGAGAAAAGGGGAAGGAGAAGAAGAGUCGUGGGGAGCGAGUGCAGCUAGUGCCUGAGCCGAAACCUGCCUGUGACAUGAGCCCAGCAAACCUCAAAAGCAACAGUAUUCCACACAAAAGCACAGAUCUGAAUGGGAUGUGCAACAGUACCAGUAUUCCUACGUCAUCACCUGAGGUGCCAGACUAUUUAUCGAAGUACAUGGUGAUCGGCUCUCCGGAGCAGCGUCAGAAGUAUAAAACCGAUUUCAACGCCGAGUACAGCGAGUACCGGGGUCUGCACGCUCGGAUAGAAGGCAUCACCAGGCAGUUCACGGUGCUCGACAACGAGCUCAAACAACUCAACCAAGGCACAGACAAGUACAAGACAAUCCACAAUCAGAUACUUCAAGAGUAUCAUAAAAUAAAAAAGACUAAUCCAAACUAUAGCCAAGAGAAGAACCGCUGUGAAUAUCUACACAACAAACUGGCACAUAUAAAGAGACUUAUUGCCGAGUACGAUCAACAGCAGCUUUAGAAGUAGUUAUUGCACAGUGUUUACCUGUUGUCUCUGGAAACCACGCAGAUAAAGGAAAGCUCUGGACUAAAAAAAGUGUUCUCAUGAAAGAUGCCAUGAAAGGAGUAUUCCCCUCAUUGGGGCCAAAGGCUCUAAUGAGGAAUAAGCAGGACACACAAUCUUUUUCUCUCUUUAAUUUUAUUAUUUUUGUUUAUUUUUUGGAAGAUGGGGUUGUGCCUAGUGUGGCCAGGUCCGUCUGUGUAGUUACAAUGCAUUCAGAAAAAAAAGUUCUGUGUGGCUUUGUUUUUCUCAACAGCCCACCCUGAGGUCUGAACGAGACAAACGUGGAAACUUUCCCACUUUCUCGGGAGAAAAUCCCCCAAAAUCUUUCCUGCUUUUGAAACUGGAGGGAAGAAGGGGGGGGGGGGCAGACUGUAUGCCAAAUGCAACUAAUUUGUUUUUGAGUAAUGAAAUGAUACAUCAGUUUCCCCCAUAUCGAAUGGUUAUGACGUUGGAGUCUCCGUUUUUGUUUUAUUUUUAUUUAUUUUUGACACUUAAAUUGGGGGGGGGAACGAAUUUUACACUCCUUCAUAUCAGUACUUAAAAGCUGUCUUUUCUUUUCUGUCCUCACAUCUUGAAUGUCCGCCAGUAUUUUAUUCAGAAGCUGCCUUGCUCAUCUAAUUGUCAAAUCUGUUGGCGUUUAAUAUAUGAUUUCUCUUUUAAAGAGAUGCAGAUAUACCUUUUUGAUUAAAUCAAGCAUCCAAAUGCACACAGUCGGACGCCUGUUUGUGCACUCGGCUUUUCUUUUCUAAAAUAUUGUGCAGAUGUCUUAACAGAGGGGACAUGUGAGAAAGUGUCCCGUCACUCUUUAGCGGUUUCCUUCUCCGAACACUGUCCUCCUCACUCAGUCGUUACAAGCUGCAGUGCUUGUUCAUCGGUUACUACAGCGGUCGUUAGUAAUGGUUCAUCAUAAUGCAUCAAUGGAAAACUAUAAUCAGCUCUUAAUUGGUUGUCUUUCCACUUUAGGUCAUGAUGGCUUUUGUAGCAAUAUGAAUUAUCCGAAGAGUUUAUCGCCAGGCCUACUCUUCAUCAUGCUUCAGAAGAUCCUCGAAUUGUAAGAUGAUGCAGACAGGGGAGGCUUUUUUCUUUUCAUCUUUAAAAAGUGGUUUAUAUCCACAGAUUUGAUUUAUUUCCUAAGUUAGCAUUAUUGUCCCCUUUUAGUUAUGUUGAAAUGGUGUUUACAGUUUCUUUAAAAAGAUCAGAAUUUUGGUUUUGUCUGCUCAUCGGCCCAUGUGAUAGUCCAUCGAGACGACUGUUAAGAUGAAGCCAUCCUCAAUCAUCUUCCGGGGGGUGGGGCGUACGCUCACCUGCGACCAGUUUUUGCCUUUUUCAAAUGUGAUGUCAGAUUUUCACGGACCUGAAAUCUAUUUCCUGGAUAAGCUCUAAGAAAUGCCGCGUCAAGACGUAUCCACUCGGCGUUUCCGAAAGAAAAAUUAGACCUGCUGUAUCAGAACUUCCCCUGAUGAGUCGAGUUUGGUCAGCGAGUGCAUUUCUGAUAUCGAUCUUUUUAUGUGAAUAUGAAAAAUCUGCACUUUUCUCCUGAUCUUGCUGUUACCUGGGGGUUUUGUCCAAAUGACACUUUUCUCUUUGUCCAUCAGAGUGCAUGCUUUAUGAAUGUGUUACAAUGAACAAGUCUUUGUAUCUUUACUUGAAGAAGAAAAAAAUAACUGCCCAAGGAUAUCGAAAGCCAAGCAAAGGCCUAGCCCAACUGAAUUCAGUUUGUAAUCAAUUCGACGUGGCUCUGACCAGCAUGUAUACCAAAGUGCUUACCGGGUGGGAUGAAACAAACGCUCUACCAAAUGUUGGCAAAGGAACAUGUCGCAGUAUUCUCAACUUCCUGUUAUCAUUUCAAUUUUCAUCAUUUAUCACCCAGUGGACUUUUUCCUCAGUGUUUUUCUUGUGAGAAGUCAGAGGAGGCUCCUUUGCUUCUGAUGAGAUUUGCAUGACUGUACGGCAGGUUUCAGAUUAUAUCGCUCUCCUUUUGCAAACACUACAUUUAGGCCAAUGCUCCGAGACUCAUCACAACGAUGCUGCUGAGUCUGGAUCUGGGACUUAGUGUAUCUGGAAAGGCGUUAAGUUUGUAAAGGGGAAUGUCUUGUUACCAGAUGUAUCAUCGCCCAGUAUGGCAGUACAGACACUUUCCACCUCUCUUACUGUAUCUUUUCUUCUGUUACGGUCAAAAUCCAUUGUGAAUGAGUUCAUCAGUAAAAAAACGUUUUGCACCACAGCAAACUGUUUAAGAGUAACGAUAUGCCAGCACAGGAGUACCGUUGUAUGAGUUGAUUGUGCCAAAAUGACCUGUUGUAUAGGUUUUUUUUCUUUUCUUUUUCUUUGAGUAUAUACAUGCUGCUGUAUAAGCAACGAGGGCUUUGGAGAAGAGUCGUGAAAUGUUGGCGCUAAAACCCAAAGCACGCCUUUUUGAAAAACCAUAAGGGACUGGGACUGAAAUUGAUCUUUGUUUCAAUAAAAAUUCUUUAAAAUCCUUAUUUGUGAAAUUCUGAA